AAAAAAGAUAUGUCAUAAUAAAAUUAUGAUAGUGAAUUUUAUUUCGAUAAAGGUAUAAUUGUGAAUAUAUUUGUAGCACUGGGAUUGUAAAAUUUACAAUUUUAUAAUGAAGCUAUCGAUGGCUACACCAGAGCUAUCUCAAUUAACUAACGAUAUGCUGAUGCAUAUGUCAAUCGUGGUAAUACUAAUAUCUUAUAAUUAGGGAGUAUAUAUUAGUAAAUGAAGAAGUAUAACGAGGCUAUUGAAGACUAUUCAAAUGCAAUCGAAAUAGACUCAUAAUAUGGUGACGCAUAUAUCAAUCGUGGUAUUAAAUUGAUUUCUUAUGCAAGGGAGUGCUUAUUAUUAAUUGAAGAAGUAUGACGAAGCAAUAUAAGACUACACGAGUGCAAUAAAAAUUCGCCCAUACUAUUCUGUUACAUAUAGCAAUCGUGGUAUAUUAUUUAAGUCUUAUUAUAAGGGGUUGUUUAUAAAGAAUUACAGAAGUACAACUAAGCAAUAUAAGACUACACAAACGCAAUUAAAAUCGACUAAUAAGAUGCUGAUGCAUAUUAUAAUCGUGGUAGAAUAUUAUAUCUUAUAAUAAGGGAAUGCUUAUUAGCAAUUAUAGAAGUAUAACGAAGCUAUAAACGACUACACAAAGGUAAUCGAAAUUGAUCCAUAAUAUGCUGAUGCAUAUAUCAAUAGAGGUAUAAUAUUAAUAUAAUUUAAUAAGGAAAUACUUAUUAGUAAUUGUAGAAUUAUACCCAAGCCCUCUAAGACUACACGAAAACAAUUGAUAUAGACCCAUCAUAUGUUGAUGCAUAUUAUAACCGGGGUAUAUUAUUAAUAUCUUAUACGAAGGUCAUGCUUAAUAUAAAUUGUAGAAGUAUAACGAAGCUAUAAAAGACUACACGAAUGUAAUCGAAAUUGAUCCAUAAUAUGCUGAUGCAUAUAUCAAUAGAGGUAUUAUCUUAAUAUAAUAUAAUAAGGUAUUUUAUUAAUAUAGUAUAAUAAGGGAAUACUUAUUAGUAAUUGUAGAAUUAUACUGAAGCUGUCUAAGACUACACGAAAACAAUUGAAAUAGAUCCAUCAUAUGUUGAUGCAUAUUAUAACCGAGGUACAACAUUAAUAUCUUAUAUAAAGGACAAGCUUAAUAUAAAUUGUAGAAGUAUAACGAAGCUAUUCAAGACUUCUUGAUUACAAUUUAAAAUAAACCAAAUGAUCCAUUAUCUCAUUCUUAAUUAGGAUUUAUUUAUUAUACUCUUAAAUAAUUUCCAGAAUCUUAAGAGUAUUUAUAAAAAGCUCAAGAUCUUUCAAAAAAUCUAACAUCAAUAGAUUUACAAAGAUUAAACAUUCAUUAAGGGGAUUUAAAGUAUAUUACUGAAAAGAUCAAUAUAUUAAAUGAAAUAGACUAAGAGCUAUAGAAAAUUAAAGAGGAAGUGAUUACCUUACGUAAAAAAUAAGUAAUAUCUUUAGAAGAAGCAUAAAAUUAUAUAUAAAAAAUUGAUAGCUAUGAAGUAAAGAUUUAAACAGCUCUAAGAUAAGAUUAAAAUAGUGACAAUCAUUUAGAUUAAAAAUAAACUCUCGAAAUGUUUUAGGCUCUCAAAUAAUAAAUGUUAGAGGAAUUCAAAUAAUAAAAAUAGGAAACUGAUAAUAAGUUAAUUUAACAAAAUUAAGAUAUUCAAUAAAUAAAACAAUAAGAAAUAUUAAAUUAAGUAGUAGAAAAUGAAGCCUGUACUUGUUAACUCCUUUGA